AUGGAUCGUAUGAACAAAAUGGACAACAAGGACUUUGACAUCGAUCACGACCCAAAAAUGGACAAAUUCCGUGUGGACCGUAAACCUGAGCAAUUGGAUACCCAUUUCGGAAGAUUUGACGAUUUGAAGAAGGAUAUGCCAAGAAUGCAACAAGAAGGAAAAUGUUGUGAGAAGAAAAAGGACAUGUGCUGUGAUGAGGAACCGAUGGACAAGAGAAGAGAAUCGGAUGUCAGAAAUAAGGAAAUGUGA